AUGAUACGAAGUGAAACGCAAUACAUCCCAAUCGGGUAUAGCGCGGGUGCUUCUCAGUCCCCAAAGCAGCAUCUCUUUGGACGUCUCUCUGCGAGCACAACUGCCGGCGGUUGUCUUUCUUUCUUCUCUCUCUGUGUUUCUGUUUAUCUGUUCUUUGCUUGUCCCGUUUUCCCUUGUCUAUAUCCUCAUUCAUCUGCAUCUCAAGCGCAUCUCAUCUCCGAGGCUAAGGUUGCGACUAGCCUCACUAACGGCUUCGGCCUAAGAAAUCCCCUGAGCUCAGACUCCAAGAGGCCACCACUGUGA